CGGCGGGACGAUGGAGACGAAGGGGCUCGGCAUGGAGGCGCCUGAAGUGACGGCGGUUUCGGUGAUGGCGGAGGAACAGAUCGCCAUGGCCGAGCAGCUGCCGAGUGCGGACGAGGGCGGCUUCGCAGAUGUGACAACGGUGACUGUGGGGAGUAUGACUGGAGCUGCCGAUAAUGUGUUUACCACAUCAGUUGCAAACGCAUCCAUAUCAGAGCAUGUGCUGUCAGGCAGGACCACGCUGCAGAUUGGAGAAGGACUGCCCACGGACAAGGCAACGUUAAUUGUGGUUCACACCGACGGCAGCAUUGUGGAAACAACCGGCCUCAAAACACCCAACGCACCCAUCACACAAGGUCCACAGACGCCAUCCACUCCUCUGACACCAGGUCCCGACAAAGAUGGAACAAAGUACAACUGGGAUCCUUCUGUGUACGAGAAUGAGUUACCAGUUAGAUGCCGAAAUACCAGUGGGAUUCUGUUCAAGAACAAGCUUGGUUCCGGAGGCCGUGGGCGUUGCGUUAAACACGGUGAAAACUGGUUCACUCCCACGGAGUUUGAAGGGAUGGCAGGUCGGGCCAGCAGCAAGGACUGGAAAAGGAGCAUCCGUUAUGCUGGCCGGCCUCUGCAGUGCCUGAUACAGGAUGGCAUUCUAAAUCCACAUGCAGCAUCCUGCACCUGUGCUGCCUGCUGCGACGACAUGUCUCUGACUGGCCCGGUCAGGCUCUUCGUUCCCUACAAAAGACGCAAAAAGGAAAAUGAACAAAGCACGACUCCGGUUAAGAAGGAAUCUCCCAAGAACAUCACACUGCUCCCUGCGGCCACAGCGACAGCCUUUACAAUGACCCCAGCUGGACAGAUCACUCCGUCCGGGACCCUGGCCUUUGAGCGGUCGUCCACCACAGAUGCCACAGCCAUUAUUGCAGAUGGUGCAGCCCAGGGAGAUGUCUUCACCAAUACCACAGUGCUAGCCUCACUACCGGCCCUUGCAGUAGACCCCACCAACGCCCACCAGGUCAUCUUGCCCAGCGCGCUGGCCGGGCUAGAGGUGGUGGAGCAGCGGAGCUGGCUCUACCUGGAGGAGAUGGUCAACUCCUUGCUGGCCACAACGCAGCAGCUGAAGACCUUGAUCGAGCAGGUGAAGCAUGCCAGCCUCGCAUCCAAGGAUGGAGCCAUCGCCCAGGCCAAGCUGCAGGCCGACACCGAGAGGAAGGGGAGCCUGUACCAGAACCAGCUGCCGUUCCACUCCACGGACGAUGUGGAUGAGAAAACUGAGAUCAUCAUCAAGCAAACCUGUGUGAACUGUGGCCGGGAAGCGAUGAAUGAAUGUACGGGAUGUCACAAGGUUCAUUACUGCUCAACGUUCUGCCAGCGGAAGGACUGGAAGGACCACCAGCAUGUGUGUGGGCAGCCGACAACACUCACAAUGCAGGCAGAGGAGGUGCAGGUGUCAGAGGUCGACGUGGUCAAGGUCAAGGUGUGACGGUGGAUUGGUGAAGCUGCCAGACCCCAGCCCAGUCCGCAGAGCACGAUGGGGUUGGAUCGCCAAUGUCCAGUUGUCCAGGGAGUGGAGUGAUAUUGCAAAAGGCCGGAGAUGCCCGCAGAGAGGAUCCCAUCGACUGACCACUGCCCGACCUUGUUCCUGCCCCUUAACCUCAAGCUGGGUGCAAGUUACCGAUCACGGGCUGUGAACACGCGUGGGACACGGACUGAUGACCUGGUGCCACAAGCUCUACACUGGGUGGAAGGUGGACUGACCAGGGGGGGGGGGUGGAUUGGAUUGGCACAGAGGUGGGUGGGGGUGUGGAGACCAUCAGGUGAAGGUGAAGUAUGUGAAAACUGUGGCAGGACAGGCCUGCUGCUCCGAUCCUGCUCCUGGUCUGUUCCUGCUC